GGCCUUUGCAUAUUUAAGAGCUCCAGCCUCCUAACGUGCAGUAUCAUUUGAGUUGUGAGUGCCGCCAAGAUCGCAACGGGACGUUCGAGAAAACAGGAUACAAGUUAACCCAAGGAUAUACAACAUGAAUAGAGCUAGCGGUGUCCUGUCGCUGCUGUUUGUGGCCAGUGCCCUGGGCGGCGUGAUCGAGGACUUUGAAUACCUAUCGGUGGGGGAGAUGUGCGAUCUGCUGCCGCAGGAUACAAGCUUCCUGCGACCGAAUACCUGCAACAACUGGGUGCGGUGCGCCACCAACUACAGCGUGCUGGAGCAGGGCGGCUGUGCCGCAGGACUGAACUACAAUAAGGAGCUGGGUCGCUGCAUCCUGGCAUCCUCGAGCGCCUCGGUGUGUCCCUAUGCCGACGGUAUUGUGGACCAGGCCCAGAACCUGUGCGCCAACGAAACCGAAGGCGCCUUCAUCGUGGACCCCAGCAGCAGCGAUUGCCGCGGCUACAUCUUGUGCAAGUCGCACAAUCAGAUCAAGGCCAACUGUCCCAACGAGCUGAUCUUCCACCCCGCAUCGAGGUCCUGCGUGUACGAGAAGCAGUACCAUUGUCCCGUCAGCCAGACGAAGAAGACCAGUCCCGCCUGCCGGUCUCUGCCGAACAACACCCGUCUGGCCGAUCCCGUCCAUUGUGACCAGUACUACGAGUGCGUCAGCGAGGUCUUGCACAGCAGAUCCUGCCCACUGGCGAGUGCCUACGACGCGAGCCUCGGCUACUGCGUGGAUGUGGCCGAGGUGUCCUGCUACGAGAGCGCCGCCCUACCGGAACCGGAAAACAUCUUCUGCCUGGACAAUGCCACCGGAUCCGCUCGCGUUGGCUACUUUGCCGACGAAGAGUCCUGCUCCCACUACUAUAUCUGUGGAAACCCCGUCGCCGGCAAGCACGACACGGAGCCCAAGCACCUGAGCUGUCCUUUGGGCCAGUACUUCGACUUCGAGAAGCUCUCCUGCCGCGACAGACUCAACGUGCGCUGCCAGCUGGACAGGUGUGUGGGCACCAACACGACCUACGUAAACAUCGCCGGCGAUUGCCAGAGCUAUGGACGUUGCUCCGGCGGAAGGACCGUUAGCGUGGGCCAGUGCCCAACUGGUUACUACUUCGACGAGCGCAACCAGGGCUGCACCCAGACCAACUACCACUACAUCGCCUGCUCCGUGUAGGCUGCUCCA